AUGAUGAAAAAUUUUCCAGUUCGUUCGGUGGAGGACCAAAUCAAGGAAAGAGUCGAAAACAACGACGACCAUGUCGAAACCUCUACUCAACUCUUUGCAAGGUUUGCGAAAAACGGACGGUGUAAACAGACGGACGUAAGGCCAGCGUCAGAACACGUUCGAAUGGCACAGAAGGCUGGCAAUGAGAAUGAGGUGUUGUUACCCUGCCAGUGCCGGCGUGUCGUCGCGCUAAUGACCCAUACGCCGUCGCUGUCGUAA